GCUGUCAGCCGGCCUUUGCGUGGCUCUCCUGCUGCAUCUGUCCACUCUGCGUCUCUGUAAUAAUGGCGAUAAGUCUGGACUUACUUUAAAGCUCCUGAACCAUCAGCCAGAAUGGACCUACCUGGUUAUCAACAAGAGCAGACCCAGCCCCUCGUCCACCACUCUGAUGACCCAGUGGAUCUGUUAACUUUGGAAGGAACAUCGACAUCUCAAGAGACAGAGUCAGAUGGCAGACCAGAGGAGAGCUGUCCUGUCUGUGGAGACAAAGUGUCAGGAUACCAUUAUGGGCUGCUCACCUGUGAAAGCUGCAAGGGCUUCUUUAAACGCUCAGUGCAGAAUAACAAGCAUUAUACCUGUGCAGAACAACAAAGCUGCCCCAUGAACCUUUGGCAGAGAAAACGUUGUCCAUCCUGUCGCUUCCAAAAGUGUUUAACAGUUGGCAUGAAGAGAGAAGCGGUAAGAGCAGAUCGUAUGAGAGGUGGAAGGAAUAAAUUUGGCCCUCUCUAUCGGCGGGACAGGCAGAUAAAACAGCGACAUGUAUGUCACCAGGUAAACACUGCUCCCUACAGGAUUAAGAUGGAAACUACCCAGACAUAUCAGCCAGUAGGUUCACAUGAUCUUCACCCAAUGAGCAGUCACACCAGUGGUCCUUUGCCUUCUGAUGCCUUUUAUCAGCCGCACAUGUAUCCCCCUGGCAUUGGGCACUCAGGUGAGCCCAUACCUCUGGACUGCUCUUUGAACCCAGACAGGGUUCUCACACCUCCGUCCUUUCCCCAUUCUGGACUUUAUCACCGCAGCUUCCCUGUACACCUUCAGGAGACACAAGAUGGGCCUUUUAGCCACAGCCCAGCAAACCAUUCAAUGAAUCCAGUAAAUUUAUUCCUGCCAAGACGCACGGCAACAUCAUCACCCUGCUCAACAUCAACAUCAACAUCAAGCUCAACCACCCCUCUCUCCCAGACCCUCAACGAAACCUAUCACAACCCCCCAUCAACACCUCUUACAUCCAACUUUCUAAACCAGCUCAUGAAGGGGGAUCAGGAUGAGAGCCAGCUGUGUGCCAAGGUCCUUGCCAGUCUGCAGAGAGAACAAGCCAACAGAGGCAAACACGACUGCCUCAACACAUUCAGCAUCAUGUGCAAAAUGGCUGACCAGACCCUGUUUGGACUUGUGGAGUGGGCUAGGAACAGCGCACUGUUCAAAGAGCUCAAGGUGGAAGACCAGAUGGUGCUGCUACAGAGCUGUUGGAGUGAGCUGCUGGUCCUUGAUCACCUCUGUAGACAGGUGACCUACGGCAAAGAGAGCUGUGUUUAUCUCGUCACAGGACAACAGAUUGACGUUUCAACCAUCAUCUCUCAGGCAGGUGCAAAAUUGAGUGCUCUGGUAUCAAGAACACAGGACCUAGUGUCCAAACUGAAGACACUCCAGUUAGACAGACAUGAGUUUGUUUGUCUGAAGUACCUAGUAUUAUUCAACCCAGAUGUGAAGUCAGUGCAAAACAGAAAGCAAGUGGAGCAGACUCAAAAAAGAGUGAACAGGGCCCUGAUGGAGCACAUCAAACAGAGUCAACCAGGACAUGACAAGUUUGGCCAGCUUCUUCUCCGGCUGCCUGAAGUACGCAGCAUAAGCUUACAGGUUGAGGAGUACUUGUACCAGCGCCAUCUUCUGGGAGAUUUGCCCUGUAACUCUUUACUUACGGAGAUGCUGCACAAGCACAGCUGAGAAAAUGCUGCAUCGCCCUGGAAGACACAGGAAUGGCACAGCCUGGGUUUGGUGCUGAACGUUUUCUACCUUCUGCCUGGCAUCAAAGGCCAACUAAGCCUUUUACUCAUGCAAAUGUUGGCAAUAGUUAACAGGUACUCUUUAUAAAAGCUCAGUUUUUAUGUGAGGAGGUAAAAAUGUGUUCCAGCAUGAGCAAUGAAGGAGAAUAUCUGGAAUGCCUAUAAAUCUUGCCCUGCUUCGUCCAGGUGUUAUUGACAGUAUUACCACAGUCUGUCUGUCUGUCUGUAUUGUUGAACAGAUUCAAAAUCCAAGCACUGCCAUGAUGUUUUUGCUAAAGGAAAGAGCCCACUGUGGAAAGAAAAAGUGGCAAAUGCAUCAUUGAAUAAAAAAAGUGUGGUUUUCUGAUACACCUAUGUGUAUU